GGAAUAGCAAUAGGACAGAUUGGAAAAAAGGAUGGAAAUGAAGCAAGAAUCCGGUGUGCAGAGAGAGAGAAAGAGAGAAUCACCACCAUGGAUCCAGCAGUGUCCCGGGGGUCCGUCGCCAGUGGUGGGAGUUCUCCAGGGUUUGCAGUUGAUAUCGGAGCAGAGCAUCCCCUAAGAGCCUGUAGUUGGUGGAGGUGUGCUUUUGGAGUUGUCCCCGUGAAGGUACCCAUGGAGGCAGGGCAGGAGUCCUUCCGCUCCAUUACAAGGUCAUACUACAGAGGGGCAGCAGGGGCUUUACUAGUGUAUGACAUCACAAGGAGGGACACUUUCAACCACUUGACAACUUGGUUAGAAGAUGCUCGUCAGCAUUCCAAUUCCAACAUGGUUAUAAUGCUUAUUGGAAAUAAAAGUGAUCUAGAAUCCAGACGAGAAGUCAAGAAAGAAGAAGGUGAAGCAUUUGCACGAGAGCAUGGGCUUAUCUUCAUGGAGACAUCUGCCAAAACUGCUUCCAAUGUAGAGGAGGCAUUUAUUAACACUGCAAAGGAGAUUUAUGAGAAAAUCCAGGAAGGAGUUUUUGACAUUAAUAAUGAGGCAAACGGCAUAAAAAUUGGCCCUCAACAUGCUGCUACCAAUGCAACGCUUGCAGGCAAUCAGGGAGGACAACAAGCUGGUGGAGGCUGCUGUUGAGCCCGUUUUUACUUUCUAGCUGCCUGGAUGGGGCCUACUAACUUGUUUGUUCACCCCUCCCUCCCCCCGCCCCGCUCGCCUCCACUUCAGUUCAACUGAGACAUGAAACUUGUAAGUUGGUUUCCUGUUGCAGAAGACUUUAUCCUUCAAAUUCUUGUAUAACUUUGAAUAAAUGGUUAAUGUUCACUUAAAGACAGAUUUUGGAGAUUGUAUUCAUAUCUAUUUACAUUUGAUUUCUAGGUCAAUUGAUGUGAUUAUUUCUGUUAAAUGUUGUCUUGUGCCCUUGACUACGAACUGAAUUGUAUUAAACACUACAAAGUCAUCUGAGUAUUUUAAUCAGUUUGUGUAGUUAGGUUUCCCACUUCCUGCGGUUACCUAAUGUUUAAUAUUGUAGAGCUGUCCUCAAGUUUUUUGUCAAUUUUCAAGGCUAUAAAGAGAAGCGGAAGGACUCUUUUAAUUCUGUAUUUAUCACUUUCUGUAUAUAUAGUUUAAUAACCUGCUUGGGUGUACUUGCCAAGCUAGAAUUCUUUAAUGCAUUUGCAUAAAUUCUAUACUACUUAGAGCUUGAAAACUACAGAAGCAUCGAUAGAAAUUGCUUGGACGCUAAAUUUUAAGCCUUUUUGACAUUGUUAGCAUGUUCAUCCUCCCCCUUCAUUAUCCUGAAGUCCAAGAGAAAUGCUUAAUGUAUAUUACUAGAGGCUACAUACGUGCUAUCUAUUUUAAUGCCAAAUGUUUGCUGUUUGUCCACAAUUUCCACAGCACCUCUUCAGAAAUGGAUUAGCUGUUUGCCUUAACAAAUACUAUAGGUAAAAACAGAGCAUGAAUGAAAAGUGGAGGAGCAGUUGAUAAAUUUAAAAUGGCACAUUAUAAAAAAAGUUAAUCUUUUCUUAAUGUUUUUUUCUUGUUUACCAUUAAUUUCUAGGUAUAUUUUUCAUGCAAGGACAGUUUUUUCAACCUAAAUGUACAGUGGUUGUGUAAAGUUUUCUUUUAGUGGCAACUUGUAAUCCUAAGUAUAUGGUAAGCAUCUUGUCUAUUGUGAAGAGGGUGUGAAAAUAAAAUCUGCCGGUUUGGAAAUCUUGAUGAAAAUCAAA